CGCCUCGGGCCGCCGGGAGUCGGGCGAGCGGCGAGCUGUCUGCGCGUCGCUCAGGGCUGGCGGCCGCCGUGCCGCGCGGGUGGGUGGGAUCGCUGCGGAGCUCCGAGAGCCGGCUAGGGGCGGGGGAGCGCCAUGGCGGCCGCAUCCGGCCCCCGCGUCGCGGCGAGGUGAGGGGCCGCCUCUUCACGGCUGAGGAAGCCACAGUUCCCCGCCUGCCAUCCUCGCGGGCCGCGGCUCCGGCAUGGCCGGGAUCAUUAAGAAGCAGAUCCUGAAGCACCUGUCCCGGUUCACUAAGAAUCUUUCCCCAGACAAAAUCAAUCUGAGCACCCUGAAAGGGGAAGGUCAGCUGACCAACUUGGAGCUGGAUGAAGAGGUUCUGCAGAAUGUGCUGGAGCUGCCCACCUGGUUAGCCAUCACUCGGGUCUAUUGCAACAGGGCCUCCAUCCGGAUCCAGUGGACAAAGUUGAAGACGCACCCAAUUUGCUUGUGUCUGGAUAAGGUCGAGGUGGAGAUGAAGACGUGUGAGGAGCCUCGGCCCCCCAACGGGCAGUCUCCCAUCGCCCUCGCUGCAGGGCAGAGUGAAUAUGGCUUUGCUGAGAAGGUGGUGGAGGGGAUGUUCAUCAUUGUGAAUUCCAUCACUAUCAAGAUCCACUCCAAGGCCUUCCACGCUUCUUUUGAAUUGUGGCAGCUCCAGGGCUACAGUGUCAACCCCAACUGGGAGCAGAGUGACCUCCGUCUCACCCGCAUCACCGACCCCCGCCGAGGAGAGGUUUUGACAUUUAAGGAAAUAACUUGGCAGACGCUUCGGAUUGAGGCAGAUGCUACAGACAGCGGUGAUCAGGACCUGGUCACUACCCCACUGAGGCUUAUCACCAACCAAGGCAGGAUCCAGAUAGCACUCAAGAGAAGAACCAAGGAUUGCAACGUGGUCGCCUCCAAGCUGAUGUUCCUGUUGGAUGACCUGCUCUGGGUGCUGACCGACUCGCAGCUCAAGGCCAUGAUGAAAUACGCGGAGUCACUGAGCGAGGCCAUGGAGAAGUCCGCCCAGCAGAGAAAGAGCCUGGCCCCCGAACCUGCACAGACCACCCCACCUGCUCCCAGUGCCCAGCAGUCCUGGGCCCAGGCAUUUGGUGGCAGCCAGGGCAGCAGCAGCAACAGCAGCAACCGCCUCAGCCAGUACUUUGAGAACUUUGAUGUGAAAGAGUCGUCCUACCAUCUGCUCAUCUCCCGCCUCGACCUGCACAUCUGUGAUGACAACCAGUCCCGCGAGCCAGGUGUCUCUGCAAAUAGACUCAUGGGUGGUGCCAUGCAGCUUACCUUCCGCAAGAUGGCAUUUGACUAUUACCCCUUCCAUUGGGCAGGCGAUAGCUGCAAACACUGGGUACGGCACUGUGACGCCAUGGAGACCCGAGGCCAGUGGGCCCAGAAUCUGGUGAUGGAAUUUCAGAGUAAAAUGGAGAAGUGGCAUGAGGAGACAGGUCUGCAGCCUCCCUGGCACCUGGGGGUAGACUCUCCCUUCCGGAAGAAAGCAGAUUCCCUCUCCAGUCCUCGAAAGAAGCCCCUUGAGAGAAGCCCCUGUCAGGGCCGACAGGCUGCCUUGCGGCCUGCAGCGUGGCACCGCUUGCGCUCUAGCUGCAUAGUCAUACGGGUGGAUGACCUGGACAUUCACCAGGUUUCUACAGCUGGGCAGCCCAGUAAGAAGCCAUCUACACUCCUUUCCUGCAGUCGGAAACUUCACAACCUCCCCACUCAGGUCUCUGCCAUUCACAUUGAGUUCACAGAGUAUUAUUUCCCGGAUAAUCAGGAGCUUCCAGUUCCCUGUCCCAAUCUCUACAUUCAGUUAAAUGGUCUGACGUUUACUAUGGAUCCUGUCAGCUUGCUCUGGGGAAAUCUCUUCUGCCUGGAUUUAUACCGCAGCUUAGAGCAGUUCAAAGCUAUCUACAAACUGGAAGAUUCAAGCCAAAAAGAUGAACACUUGGACAUCCGACUGGAUGCCUUCUGCUUGAAGGUGAGCUUCCCGCUGGAAAAGAGAGAGCAGGCUCGGUUGCAUCGGCCGCAGGCCCUCGUCUUCUCUGCAGCAGGCAUGACUGCCACCAACACACGUCAUGCCCCACACUGUAGCUGUCCAGACCUCCAAAGUCUCUUCCGGGGUUUUGCUGCUGCCGAGUUCUUUCAUUCCAAUUAUGUUCACUUUCCCAAGGUUCCAGGUGGCUUUAGCCUUCUACACCUACUGUUUUUGCAUCAUGCCUUCCAGAUGGAUUCCAGACUCCCUCAGCCUAAUACUCUCCCUCCCCAGAGGCCUAAGGCUUCCCAGGAUCUCUGGUCUGUCCACUUCCCCCAGAUCUCCUUGGACUUUGAGGGAACAGAGAACUUCAAAGGCCGUACCUUGAAUUUUGUGGCUCCCUUUCCCUUGUCCAUUUGGGCCUGUCUCCCCGUCCGCUGGCAGCAGGCACAGGCACGGAAGCUCCUUUUGGCCACAGAAGGGAGACUGAAACCAUCCGCCAGCUUUGGCAGCCCUGUUCCGUCUGAGGCCCUUGCCCCUGACCCUAUGUCCCAUCUGAGGUCAAAGACUGAGCAUGAUUUGAAAAGCCUUUCGGGCCUUACGGAAGUCAUGGAAAUUCUGCGAGAAGGCAGUGGUGGUGUGGACAGCAAAGGGCCUGUGACCCAGCUGCAGGACGCAGCAGAUGUCCACGUGCUCAUCCACUCCCCGGCACAUGUCCGCGUGAGGCUCGACCACUACCAGUACCUGGCCCUGCUCCGCCUGAAGGACGUGCUGCAGGGUCUUCAGGAGCAGCUGACCAAGGAUACCGAGGCCAUGACUGGGUGUCCCCUGCAGGACCAGACAGCGUGCAUUGGGGUCCUCUUCCCCAGUGCAGAGGUGGCUCUGCUCAUGCGUCCUGCCCCUGGGGCUGCGGAAGCUGAGUCCGCAGGUUCAGGUACCACCAGCCUUAUAGACUCGGAGCUGUCUCCUUCCGAGGAUCCGGAGCUGAAGUCCGAUGCCUCCUCGGACCAGGGCCCUACAAGCCCUGACAAGGUUCUGGAGGACAGUGGCAUUGAAAAUCGGGCCACAUCUCAGGAUGGGCCACUGCCUCUCCAUAGCAAUGGAGAGCUGCAGGACUCGGAUUCUCUCGCACAGCAGCUGGCGGGGAAGGGCCAUGAGGCAGUGGAUUCCCAGCAGGCCAAGAGGCUGAGCAGAGACCAAGCCCCCAGCUCACCAGCUGCGCCGAAGCCCCCCAGUGGCAGGGAUUCCGCUGUGAAUGGACAGGGCGAACUUAUGCCCUUGAAGAACAUUGAGGGAGAACUGUCAAGUGCUAUUCACAUGACCAAGGACGCCACCAAGGAGGCCCUGCAUGCCACCAUGGACCUCACCAAGGAAGCUGUGUCCUUGACUAAGGACGCCUUCAGCCUGGGCCGAGACCGCAUGACCUCCACCGUGCACAAGAUGUUGUCCCUGCCCCCAGCCAAGGAGCCCAUGGCCAAGAUAGAUGAGGGGGUGGCAGCCCCAGUGAGUGGAGGUGCUGCCCGACUCCGAUUUUUUUCCAUGAAGAGGACGGUAUCUCAGCAGUCAUUUGAUGCUGUCUCAUUGGAUAACAGUGGCCCUGAAGACCGGAUUUCAGUGGACAGCGACGGCAGCGAUAGCUUCGUGAUGCUCGUGGAGUCUGAGCCUGGCCGAGACUCCCUCCCACUAGGAUCUCUUCCAAACAUCUUGGACAGUGCUGGUGUCCAGGGGAGCCCUGUUGUGGAUAGUUAUGGCCAGGGCUCACCAGAGGCCAACAGUUCGUUCUCGCCCAGUGGGGAAGACCUCAAUCCUCACCCGGUCUCAGUUCUGGUUCUGAAGGUGAAUGAGGUGUCCAUUGGGAUUGAGGUACGUGGCACGGAUCUGACUAUGGCCCUGCAAGCAGAGGAACUGACUCUCCAGCAGCUGGGCACCAUGGGACUCUGGCAGUUCUUGCAUGGACAGUACCCGGGUACAAACUUUCAGGAAUCCUCCACUUUGAAGGCUGGCCACGUCAAGCCAGCUGUGGGCCUUCGCUUUGAGGUGGGGCCUAGUGCAGCUGUUCAUUCCCCUCUGGCCACCAAGAAUGGCUUCCUGGAUUUGUUGCUUCGAGGCUGUGACCUUGAGCUGCUCACUUCGGUGCUCAAUGGCCUGGGGCCCUUCUUGGAGGACGAGGAGAUUCCCGUGGUAGUUCCCAUGCAGAUUGAGCUCCUGGACUCCAGGAUCACCCUAAAGGAUGAUAUCCCGCCUCUCUAUCCGACGUCUCCAGGCCCGGUCCCCAUCACUCUGGCCAUGGAACAUGUCGUGCUGAAGCGGGAUGAUGAUGGUGUUUUCCAUGUGGGCGCUGCUGCUCAUGACAGACCAUCAGCUGAAGUACCUGAAAGUGAGAAGAGACAGCUCCCAAAAGAACAGGUGUCUUUGGUGCCCACAGAGGAGGCUUUUGGACAGCAGGUGAAAGAACUGCCUAUCCUACAAAAGGAACUAAUAGAAACUAAACAAGCAUUGGCCAGUGCCAACCAGGAUAAAGAAAAACUUCUUCAGGAGAUUAGGAAGUAUAACCCGCUCUUUGAGCUCUGACAGCAGGAGCUCAGCCAUCUGUGCCAAGGCGAGGAGGAGACCACCAGCAGUAGCAGCACCUAUGACAGAACGCACCCUCCAGUGUUAAGACGUCGGCUGAGGACGCCGAGGGCCUGGGGAGUGCUCAGCUCACUCCUGGCGGCGUCCAUUGUGCUAGCUGUUCUGAUUUGGAUGGAAGCCCAGGCAAAGCAUGACCACGUUCUAGGAAACGGGGGAAGCUUUGUGUGUGGCUCAAACGUCAUGUCUUGCCUGUAUAGAGCACUGUGGUCCUCUGGUGUCAGGACUGAGACAUUUGCUUCCCCCACAACCUCUGUGAACAAGGGGAAGUACGCACCCCCUCAGUCACGCACAGAGCCAGCAAAGAGUGGAUAUCCCAGAACUUCCGGUAGCAGACCUGGGAAGUCCCUGGCCUCAGCUCUGGCCAUGGUAGUGGAGUGGAACAGGAAAUGGCCAGCGAGGUGGGAGCCAGGACAGGCACAAGAAGACGGGCGAUUGGUUGGGACCCUGCCUUUUCUGGAAAGGGAACCAAGCUCAUAUCAUCUCGGCUGAGAUUAUAAUCAGAUCUUUCAGGGUUAAGCUUCCUUUCUGUUACGCUUUCAUGACUGUGAUGCUGUGGUAGAAAGUAAACGACAGUAGUGGCUCAGUUGUAUCAUCUUUCCCUGUGUAUCACAAUUUAUUUGAAAUGUAAGUCAAGAAAAGGAAUCCUCCCUCUGAGCUAGGCUGAAGGCACGAUGUGGAGCGAUCAGUGAGGGAGCUCGAUGCGAGCCGUGCUUCCCGCCCGGAGCCCUCUCUCCCAUAGCUGCACCUCAGAGGUGAUCUCCUCUCUCUCCCUGGGUCCUGACACAUCUCUCCCAGCACUACGACUUCCCACCAGCAUCUCAACCUGUGGCCUCUUCCCCUCCACCCUACACCACUGUGGCUUUUAAAAAUCAUGUAAUUUUGACGUUUAAGUAAAAAAUAGCAAAACAAGAAAGCCUUCCCACCCUGGCUAGGUUUUGCCCCUGCCCUAUAAAAGAAAAAUUUCCCCCUUCUUUCUUUCCUAUCUAAUUCCAUCCAGUCAAGCUAUGUUGAUUGGACAGAAGUUCAUCAGCUAACUCUCCUAGAGUUGGCAAGAUGGUAAACUAGUGAUUUGGUCGUCAGUAAAGUGUUACACGUGACCUAUUGAAGGAGAGAGAAAAUAGCUUCCUUUAUGGGAAAUCACGCCUGACUUGUAUAACAUAGUUUUUUGAGGAUAAAAAGAAAGGUGUUCAGGAAGGGACAAGCUCUAAUUUGUUCAGACUUUUAAGGAACCUUUGUCAAGUUCUUCAUUAAGGCAAUUUUAAAAGCAUCAGUUACUAUGAGAUUAUGGGAAUAUUUUGUGAUGCUUAGGAAACAACUUAGAGGGUUAAGAAUAAACAUCUUUCUGGAGAGAAUGUUAACAGGAGAAGUUUCCUACUGGUUGAUGCUUGGUUUAACCUUAUUUAAGAUUUUUAUAAAUACCCUGAACAAUGCAAUCAAAUGUUACUACUGCCAGGCAUUGAAAGGUAAACCAGAAGAGACUGUAGAAAAGCAGAACUGCACAAGGGCCACAGUCGGCCUGUGACUACUCAGGAAAGUACAGGUGAGGGCAGGUGGAGGGAAGUGGAACGUGAUGCACUUAUGGAAGAAUCAGCCGCUCUGUGAGCACUCAGGAGAGAAGCCUAAGCUUUGCUGAGAGGGAGGCGGUGGCAGUGCUGCUGUGGCCCAGCCCGGCUGCAUCAGCAGGUAGGGCAUGGACACAACACAGAGACGGGACCUCACACUCAGCUGUGACGAUGUCUUCAGUUACCUGGCGACCUUCCGUACAAAAUGAGUGGUGAAGAGAGGAAAGGCCCAGAGAACAGCAGAAAUGAUCAGGGGCGAGGUACUUAGAUAAGGACACACCACACCUUUACCAUAUCGACUCCAGUUCUGGGAAGAGGGAGGCUGAGGGUAGUGUGAAAUCAAACCCCCAGUCAAGAGGAAGGACGCGAGCCAUCACCAGGCCCUGAAAUCCUCCUCGAGGGCCCUACCUCAUUGUCUCAGGCUAAAGAAAGCACUUCUUGUAGCACAUCAGAAACUUAACGGAGCUCAGCGUCCAAGAAGUGGUACUGGCAGGUUUCAGAGGAGUCCUCGUAUGAUUUAGGCCUCCCGAGAGGAAUUAUAGACGGGUUAUUUUUGGUGAAAUACAACCGAGAGGGUAAUUGUGUCCUGCCACAAACUGCCCUUAAUGCAUCUUUCAAAGGCAGAAUGGUGAGCAAAGUGGAUCAUGGGUUGCCUCAAAGUACGGCAUUGCUGAUGUUCUCGGGAGGGCAGGAGGGAGAUCCAGUAGCUGGAAAUUGCAAUUAUUCAAGCUUAGGCUCACCGGAAUUGGCUUACAAUCACACUGAUUUCCAUCCCUCCCUCUCCUCCGUGACCCGCCGUAUCCCUCUGGCAGCCCUCCACGCAGACGUGUCUGAUACACCCGCACCUUAAGCUUGUGCUUGGCGGGCGGCAAUAGAAACAAAUCCGGGAAACACCGAGGCUGAGCCGUGGAACAGCCAGAGCUCAGUCAGCUUUCUGGGCUCCUGGAGCGCCUGUGUGACAAGUGGAGCCCUGGAAUUUCGGACUCCCAUUAUCUGGCAGCUUUGGCCAUUGUGUCGUGAAAUCCAGCCUCAGGAAAUGUGGUAGGGUCAGUGUCCCAUGGGAUUUGAGUAAAAAUCUUGUGUAGUAACUUCAUACUUCCAUUCAAUGGGGGAUGGAAGAUUUUUUUUUCUCAUAAUGAAGAAAUGUGAACUGGUUGGUCCUCAGGAUAAAUGUAAAGGUAAAAAUGGAAGGAAAAAACUAGUCUCAGCUGCUGUGGACUGCUUACGAUUUCUGCCUCGGAGCCAUAAGACUCUUGUUUGUGAACAAGAAAUAAUAAUAAUACCUCAAGAAAAUGUCUGGAGUCCUGGCACCACUAUCCCUCGAAGACUUCAGCCACUGCACACCGUCAUUUCAGCUGUGAAACAUUUACAGCCAUGUCAUCUGUGAUUGUCCAGGUUUCCCGUUUACAUGGAUGCACUGGAGAUACUUUAAUGCAUACAGACUGGUUUACAGCUCUCUUAGCUGAGCUGCAGAGAUGCUUAGCAAUGUCAAAUUGUGUUUUUAACUCACUGGAUUAACCUAGUUUCUUUGACUUAAGACAGAAAGCUCGUGGGUUCUAUUCUUGUGAUGGCUGCUUUUUGCUGUGUAUUUAAUCUGACCCUGAUUUCGGCAUAGGCCUCAACCUUCAGGUACCCUUUAUCGUGGUUCUAAAAGGAAUGGUUCCUGUGCAUGGAAUAUACAAGGGGUAAACACCACCCCUCAGAUAGCCCAUAAACUUAAGUGCUUCCAUUUAACCCACACAUUCGAUUCCCCUUAGGCUAGUUCAGGAGGGUAGGGGGGAAAGAAGGUAGUUUGAAGUGAUAUGGGAACUUUCCAUUCCAAACCUUUACACUAAGGGUUUGUGUUUCAUUCUCCCUUAAUACUUGCCUAAACUUCGAAAAUCAGUUAUAGUAGCAUAGAACUAUGGAAACAACUGUACAAGCUAGUAGGACGACAUCUGGUUAUUUGAGAACUACAAAAGCUGUGCCAUUGCCUUGUGAUUUACCACGGUCAUUAUUAAGUGUGCCAAGAGAUUCUGGUGUGAUGGACUAUCCUCUCACCUAGAUCUACGGCUCCCCCACCUUCUGCUAGAACAGGAAUGUUCCCGUUCACCCCUGAGUAGGUAUGGACAGUAGUUAUUGUUGAAUGAGGAUUAUUUCCCCCAUUUCUUAAAACAGACACGAGGUGAAACACUUGGAUAAUCUUUAACUGGGAGGCUUUGCUAAAUGGCCACACUUGGGAUGUGGACUUUCUCCCUUGUUAUUUGUAAGUUUUAGCCUUACCCAAUGUCUCAAAUUGCAAUAGGUAUAGUUCCUAUAACCGUUAAAAAAAUUCCUGUUAGAACUGAGAGAGUAUCUACUUUUUGGGUUUUUUCUCCCAGUUUAUUAGUUUUUGACUAAGAUUUAGCCUGAGUCUUAACAGCAUUUCUUUGUGGAACGCCCCGUUGAAGUGCUUCUCCCCUGGCUAAGUGCAUGUUUAAAGCCACGAGUUUUAAUUUAAGAUAUACAAGUCAGAUUUGCCCAACUUUGAGUCCAAGCUGUUUCCCCCCUCUCAGGGUGCUAAACAGAAUUGGAAUCUUUACUAAGACAUGCUCAGGAAAGCUUCACAAGAGAACAGCUUCAAAAGCCUUUUCCCUAUAACACUGAAUGAGAGAAGAAAGAAUUCUUGGGGAUUGCCAAUUAAUACUGUAGCCUUAUUACUGCUAAUCACUGUCAAUAAAAGGUCGCUUCAUUCCCCUCUAUUUGAGGAAAACAAUGAGAAUGUAUCUGAUGAACUGGAAUACUGGUCAGUAUUGGGAAAUUUUAAUGUUGCAAUAUCUAAUCGAACCUUGAGUGUACUGGUUCUGUGAACCACCUGAAAAAAGCAAAUUAAACUUGUCAAACAGUA